CAGGUAGUCCGCACCCGCCGCUUUUCCGGGGCCGUCAGGGUCGGUUAGCCGCGCGUCGGUCUCGCGGCCGGGGGUCUCGGCUCCGAGGGCGCGCGAGCGGGAGCCAUGGACCCGGGCGUGGGAGCCGCGGCGGGAGAGGGGCCGCCCGCGCCCCGGCCCCGCCGCCGCCGCUCCCUGCGUCGCCUGUUCAGCCGCUUCCUGCUGGCGCUGGGCAGCCGCUCCCGCCCGGGGGCCUCGCCUCCUCGGCCCCGGCCCCAGCCGGGAUCCCGCGAGGGCGACGGGGACGGCGAGGGGGGCUUCGCCUGCGCGCCGGGCCCCGCCCCGGCCGCGCGCGGGAGCUCAGGGGAGGAUCGCCUGCCCGGCGCCCAGCCCCAGCCCCCCGCCGGCGACGGCGCGCGGCCCCCGGGCGCGCAGGGCUUGAAGAACCACGGCAACACCUGUUUCAUGAACGCCGUGGUGCAGUGUCUCAGCAACACCGACCUGCUGGCCGAGUUCCUGGCGCUGGGGCGCUACCGGGCGGCGCCGGGCCGCGCCGAGGUCACCGAGCAGCUGGCGGCGCUGGUGCGCGCGCUCUGGACGCGCGAGUACACGCCCCAACUUUCCGCCGAGUUCAAGAACGCCGUGUCCAAGUACGGCUCUCAGUUCCAAGACAAUGGCCAGCACGACGCCCUGGAGUUCCUGCUCUGGUUGCUGGAUCGGGUGCACGAGGACUUGGAGGGCUCGUCCCGGGGGCCGGGGGCCGAGAAGCCUCAGCCUGAAGCCAGCAGAAGCCCCGAGAACCUCCCGUCACCAUCAGCUCAGCCUUCUCCAGUCCCAAGCUUUGUGCAGAGUCACUUUCAAGCGCAGUAUAGAUCUUCCUUGACCUGUCCCCACUGUUUGAAACAGAGCAACACCUUCGACCCCUUCCUGUGUGUGUCACUGCCCAUCCCUCUACGCCAGACGAGAUUCUUGAGCGUCACCUUGGUCUUCCCCUCUAAGAGCCAGCGGUUCCUGCGUGUUGGCCUGGCCGUGCCCAUCCUCAGCACAGUGGCGGCCCUGAGGAAGAUGGUUGCAGAGGAAGGCGGUGUCCCUGCGGAUGAGGUGAUCUUGGUUGAACUGUGUCCCAGUGGAUUCCAGCGGUCUUUCUUUGAUGAAGAGGACCUGAAUACCAUUUCAGAGGGAGACAAUGUGUACGCCUUCCAUGCACCCCCACCAUCUGGCCAGGAGUUACUUUCAGCUCAUCCGUCUGGUCUCGCGGUCUCCCCACGCUUGGCAGCCCGAGAUGGUCUGCGGUCCUCCCUGCCCAUCCAUAGCGAGAACAAGGUGCUAGUCCUCUUCUGUAACUUGGUGGGGUCAGGCCAGCAGGCCAGCAGGUUCGGGCCACCUUUCCUGCUGAGGGAAGACAGAGCCAUUUCCUGGCUCCAGCUGCAGCAGUGCAUUCUCAGUAAGGUCCGCUGUGUCAUGAAGAGUGAGGCCCCGAUCCAGAACCUGGGAUCUCUGUUCUCUGUCCGGGUUGUGGGGCUUUCUCUGGGCUGCGGCUACUUAUCCCCGCAGGACAGCCAUCCCCUCUGUCACUGGGCAGUGGACAGGGCUCUGCACCUCAGGAGGCCGGGAGGCCCUCCCCAUGUCAAGCUGGCCGUGGAGUGGGACAGCUGUACCAAGGAGCGCCUGUUCGGGAGCCUCCAGGAGGAGCGGGUCCAGGACGCGGACAGUGUGUGGCGGCAGCAGCAGGCCCACCAGCAGCACAGCUGCACCCUGGACGAGUGUUUCCAGUUCUACACCAAGGAGGAGCAGCUGGCCCAGGACGACGCGUGGAAGUGCCCGCACUGCCAGGCGCUGCAGCAGGGCAUGGUGAAGCUGAGCCUGUGGACCCUGCCCGACAUCCUCAUCAUCCACCUCAAGAGGUUCUGUCAAGUGGGCGAGAGGAGGAACAAGCUGUCCACGCUGGUCCAGUUUCCGCUAUCCGGCCUCAACAUGGCUCCGCACGUGGCACAGAGAGGCACCGGCCCCCCGCCGGGGACGGGCUCCUGGCCCCCCUGGAAGCAGCCGGCCGGCCUGCCUGCCGGCUACCCGCUGGACUUCCUGUACGACCUGUACGCCGUCUGCAACCACCACGGCAGUCUGCAAGGUGGGCAUUACACAGCCUACUGCCGGAACUCUCUGGAUGGCCAGUGGUACAGUUAUGACGACAGCACGGUGGAAUCGCUCCCAGAGGACGAGGUUAACAGCAGAGGGGCUUACAUCCUGUUCUAUCAGAAACGGAACAGCAUCCCUCUCUGGUCAGCCAGCAGCUCCCUGAGAGGUUCCACCAGCUCUACCUUCUCUGAUCACUGGGUCCUUCGACUGGAGAGCAACCACGGCAGCGCCCAGGGGAGCUUGCUAUCCUGGAGCUCCAGCCCUGGCCCCUCCCGGCCCCAGGAGCCCGACACUCCCAAAUUCACCACCAGCCUCCCUGAUCAGGAAAAGGGAGGGUUGACGUCCAAGCCUUUGGUACGGGGCAUACGAGGUCGAAGCAUCAGCAUGAAGGAGCCCACCCCUUCCAGAGCCAAACAGGGGCCCUUCAAGACCAUGCCCCUCCGAUGGUCUUUUAGACCCAGGGAGAAACCCCUGGGUGCAUCUGCUGAGCUGGUGGAGUACUUGGAGUCCAGGCGGAGGCCCCGAUCCACGAGCCAGUCCAUCGUGCCGCUGUUGACGGGUGCUGCCGGCGAGGAUGUGAAGUCGGACGCUGCCAGCUCUGCUCAGGGCGAAGAGGGUGGGCGAGCCACUGAGAGGCCGCCGGCUGGAAUGCCCUGCCCCUCGAGCCACACCAGCCCCUCUGCAGCCCCCGGAGUCCCAGAUGGUCUGAACUCGAGGAAAGCCAAGGAACAUGAAAGUCAGGAGAUCAGGCUCCCCAGACAGUUUGACCUGCCCCUCAUGGUGAUGCCUUCAGUGGGGACUGAGAAACGAGCCCAGCCCGAGGGCCAGAAGACCGCGAACUGCAAUGGAAGUAGCCAGGCAGGGAGCCACGGCAGGGUACCCUCCCCGACCAAGGAGCCUUUGGGCCCUGCGGUGUUACCUAGAAACAGCGCAGACAACCGCCAGAAUACCUUAGCCAGGAUGAGGGCCAGCGUGGAGGCCAGAGACCCUGAGGCAGACAGAUUCCCACAGGGGACCCUCACCUUGCUGAGAUCUGUGUUUUGGAAGAAAGAGCACAAGCAUAACAGGGCGGAGGCGGCCCUCCGGGCAUCCCCAGUGUCCCUGGCGAGCAGCAGGCUGAGCCCGGCUGUGGAUGAGCACACCCGAGGCUCCUCGCCUUCCUUCCAGAUCCGAGAGAGCCUGGCCAGGGCGCCCGCUAGCUGCCUGGAGAGGGACGUCUGGUCAGCACCCAGCUCUCUGCGCCUCCCUCGCAAAGCUGGCAGGCCCACGAGGGCCAGUGCCCUGGGCCCGUCACAGAGGACAGUUCCCGGGGACCACACUCCUGUUGGCACCUUGCAGAAGGUGAAAUACCACACCCUUUCUUUAAGCCGGAAGAAAACAUUACCUGAGUCCAGUUUUUGAUGGUGUGUUCCAGUCCCCUCCACCCCAGCCCCCACCAAGCUGGUGAGCUCGAGACAGAGCAGCUGCAAGAAGCUUCUUUUGUGUCAAGAGUGGGCUUUCUGGAAGCCAGUUGUCUUGUGACCCCUGAAAAUUAAAAAAAAAAAAAUUUUUUUUUUUUUGGUCCCCACCUCUAGAUCUCCAACAUAGCAUGUCCAAAUACCUUCCUGUACCGUUGGGUGCUUUCAUACGUGUCAGCCACGAGAUGGUGCUGUUGAGUCAACAUUACCGGUUCAGGGCAAGAAGGGAUUUGUUUCCCUAAUUCCCCUGCCUGAGGACAUACUGGGGAGAGAGAUUGCAACGUGGCCCAGUUAGACAGCAUAUAACCCUGCAGAGAAGCCUCGUAAAUAGGAGCCUAAGACAUUAAAUCAGUUCUUGCCACAGGCUUCUCUUUCUCAAAUCUCUAAUGCUUCUCUGGGAUAAAGCCUUCAAGAUGCCAAAACCCGUCAUAGUGACCUUCAGGCAGGAUUCGGGGAGAGAUGGAACAGAAGUGAUUGAGAUCAUAGGAAGAUAUUUAAUAUAUAGCAAAAUAAUUGUAUUACUGUUUUUCAAGUAUUUAAAAAAAAAGAACUAUUUUGAUACUAGGAAUAGAAGUUCUCUUUAAGAAGAAAUUAAGUAUGAGAUCUAUAUACAGUUUUAAUAAAAGCCCAUUGGUGAAACAUG